GGAUCCUGUCCGGAUUCUUUAAGUCCUUAGAUCGAGUCAGUAGGUUUUGUCAGUCAGGGGGUAGAGUCUAUGUGGUGAGGAGUGGAACCGUUGUCUAGUUGUACACCUAACACCAUGGUUGACACCCGUGGAGGGAAGAGCACUACCCCUUACACCCAGGCCCAAGAGGAGCGUGCCGCCGCCAUUCUGAAAGAGAGAAAGGAGAUGAAGGAGAAGGAGCUCCUCGAACAGGCGAAGUUAAAGGCGAUCGCAGAGGAGCAGGCGACGAAGAGGAAGAAGUUGGAAAAAUAGAUGAUGAGAUUACAGAAGGAGGAGGAAGAGAAAAGAAGGGAUGCUGAAGAAGAAGCAGCAGCAGAGGAAGAAGUAGAAGAAGAACCCCUCGAAAGGAGGCACAGGGAAGAACGAGGGGAAAGCAGUAGCACAAAGGGAGAGGAUGCGUGGAUGGAGAAAAAAAUUAGCGAGUGGGUAGCUAAUUUAUCCCUGGGAGAGGAUGAGGAGGCACUGUUGUACGUUCCUCAGGAGGAGAGAGAAGCAUUCGCUAGGGAGUUGGAAGCGAUGGAGGACCCCCUGGACCGCCAUACAGCAGAAGAUGAAAAGAGAUCGGAAUGGAAGUUGUGGCUGGCCAGGGAGAAGAAGAGAAGGAGGGAGGAAGCCAACCGGAUGGCUAGAGAGGUGGAGAAAGUCCGGGCAUGCAGACAAGAGGUGCAGGCACAAGCAGAGACCCCCGCGAAGUUAGACAAGAUUCUAGGGUACCUUGAGGUUCUUAGCAAGGCCUGGCUUGAGGAGCAUCAGGCCAAUAAGGGUCAAGAUGUGACCCUUCAUGCCAUCCGGUCAGGUUUCAGAGAGUUUGUGCGCGACGUGGUAACCCACGUCGGGACCGAAGUCAAAAAGUUGAAGGAAGGCACAAAGAAGUUCUGUGCCGGCGCCAUUGAAGGCGCCAAAGUAGUGGCCACAGCAGAGGCCGAGUCGCGUCCCCGUAAAGAGCCCGUCAAGCUCAAAUUCCCUGAUUCAUACAGCGGGAAAAAGGAUGAUAGUUUCGAUAAUUGGGAGGCUAGCAUUAAUACAUAUGUCUAUUUAGAGCAUAUUGCCCCAGAGGAACAAGUCCUCGUAGCCUUCCAUGCAUUGAAAGACGAAGCGGCUAGCUUUGCCAGGUCCCUCGCGCGCUCAGCCGAUUGUGAAAACAAUAUGGUUGCUUACUCGAAGCUCACCCCUCUUUCCACUUUUCUCAAGCUCCUGCGAGAGAGGUUCGCUGACGUCACAAGAGGCGUCAGGGCCUCUGACAAGCUCCAAACCAUCCACUCGCGACAGGAGAGGAGUGCGCGAGCACUCAAAGCUGUCAUGGACGACUUGGUAGCCGUCCCAGACCACGGGGUCACCGAGACCCAGUUUGUCCAACUAUUUUAUCGUGCCAUGCCAGAGCCCUUGCGGGGGCAUUUCUUUGACAAGACCCAACAGGCCAACAUCACGUACGAUGCGUUGAGUCGAGAAGUGGUCCUGUUUGAGGCCAAGUCCAUGCCAGUUUCCACUUUCUGGCAUAAGGACUUAGAUAAGGGUAAAAAGUGGAAAGGUCGUACCAUCUCUAGCCAGGAAGUGGACAUGAGCGGUGGUGAUAGUAGACAUGACCGUGAUGACCGGCGUGAUCGGUCUUACGAUGGCGGAUGGCGCGGACGUCCAGAGUCAAGCCGGGAGAGACCACGUGAGGUUGACCGGGACCAUCGGGCUUAUCGACCGGAGUUGGCCGGUAAUGAACCGCCUCGUAGACCGUCUCCGAUAUGCUACGGGUGUAAAGUGCCUGGACACUAUCGGAGCGACUGUUGGAGGUUUGGGGCUGAUUCUUUGUCAAGAAGGCAAGCUGAAUCCGACGGGUAUGUUUGCCCGCCUGAGUUUGACCGUCGAGGACGGUCAGUGUCACCACGUCGAGCUACGGGAACUGGGAUCCGGCGAUCACCAUCUAUUGAUUCGCAGACUUCAUCUCGACUUGCAGAGUUGGGCCAAAGCAUUGCUACCUUGCAUGAAUUCGUGGACCUGGAGAUGGCACGACGGAGCGAGAAAGAGAAGAAACGACAUGAUAAGGAAGAAGCAAGGCUUCGUGAAGAAGAAGAGCGUAAAGCCGAAGCGGCUAAGGCCGGUAAGAAAGUGGAGAAGUUGAGAAAGCGGGAAGAAGAGCAGUUGGAAUUGACGAAGGCCGUUGAAAUGCAACUGGCUCUUCGUAUCGGCAAUAUCCGAGACGAUCUUCGAAAUGAAAUCCGGAGAGUUGUCGGCGAAGUCGAGAAGGGGAAAGCCAAGGUGGUGGAACAAUUGUCGUCAACCUCGGGAUCGGGAGCCGGCAAUAAUGACGUCGAAGUGAUCACUGAAGGUACCGAGCGGUUGGCGAUUAGUGAGAAGCGGAAGAGAGGUGAAGAGACUCCUGUGGGUAAUAACCCUCAUGUGACGACUCCAGCCAAGCGUGCGAACAAGCGCACUACGGUUCGGCCUCUCCGGUUCUCCGAACGCCUGCAGCGAACUCGCACACGCAUCGCUAAGAAGGGUGGUCGUGCGCUCAACAAAGCACAGACUGUUAUUAAACCACCUGCACGAGAUAUGGCAAUGGAGCGAAUGAUUUACUUGGACCGUACUCGACGUGAACUUGCGCUCUGCAAUUGCGACCAAUUACGAGUUUUUUGCCGUGAAGUUGGCGUUGGAUUCGUUGCUAAAGUUCAGGCGAUUUUUGAUAUCGCGGAUGCAAGAGCUCGUGUCAGAUUCGAUGAAGGUAAGCGAGAGGUGGGGGAAGAUGAAGCUUGGGAUGAUAAUGCCUAUCGGAAGCCCCUCUACGGAGAUCGUUUCCUCGAGGUAUCCUACAUCUACUCUGGAGGGAGAGGACGGAUUGAGAUUUUGAUUGGAGCUACAGGCAACAUUAUCCUUGCGGAGGAGCUUUAUCUCAGGAGCAUUGCGGACGAGGAGAUGGCGAGAUGCAUGGCCUAUAUCUUCAAGAUUGAUCCAGCAGCGCCUCUCGAUAUCAGCUAUGUGGUUCUAGAGUCUAUAGCCACGCGGGUUCUCAAUGACGAGGCGCGAGAUCUGGAGAAAACACUGCUCCGCGACGCUGGCAUUCUGCGCCCGCUUCCAGAUGCUCUCAACAGGCCAUAUCGCGCCCCAGCUGGACAUGUGAGAUUUGAGUAUGAACGCGAUAUAGCGGAAGAGCUAAAUCUUGCUUUUGGUCGACAUGAACUGAUUGGGGAUUUCAAUGAUGACAUGCUUGAUUGGUUUUUCGGCGUCUGCCGCCGUGAUGGCCAGCUAAUAAAUCGCCGUUGCAACAGUGAGUUUGAGGAGUCGAAGGAAGAGUAAUGCACCUACUAGCAGAGGUUUAUCGAAAGAUUUCGAGCCAUCGAUGUGGCUACGUGGUUGUCGAGAAGUCGCCAGAGAAAUAACAAAGAAACGACCAGGAGGAAUGAUAUGUGGGCUGGCUCACCCACCGUUGCACGAGUGUGGUUCCGGGGAAGGAGUCAGAGAAAUGAUGUUGAACUAGCGGAGGAGACGAUCUCUGGAUUCACAUCUGGAAAAGCUUAAGAGCCUGAUGUGGCGGCAAUGGAAUUUUUUAACUGUCAUCUCAUGCUAGUGUGUUCUGUGUGAGAGCAGCAAGGGCAGGUCCAGAUCGCAUAACAUAGCAAACAACGAGCAUCUGCAAACUAGGGGAGGCAAGGCUGGUGGUUAUUUGUGUACUGGACAGUGGAUGCGCACGCAUACCUACUUGCUUGUCACAGUAUGCUGAGAUGAGAUGGUAGCCCAUCCAAUCGGAGCAGAGUGAGAAAAGAUGGGCAGAAAGUGCUUGGCUGAGAUGAGAUGUUGGCGCUCUGAUGAGAGCAGAGCCUAAAAAAGAUAGAGUCUGCUCGGCUGAGAUGGGAUGAAAUGGUAGCCAUCUGAUUGGAGUAGAGUCCAAAUGGAUAGGCAGGGUCUGCUUGGCGGAGAUGAAAUGAGAUGCAUCUGAUUGGAGCAGAGUAAAAAGAGAUAGGCAGAGUCUGGUUGGUGGAGAGGAGACGGUGGCCGUGCAUUUGGUAGAGAGUGAAGAUUGUAGGCAGAGUUCACUGGGCUUUGGCUUAGGUUGGAGCUGUGCCCUUGCGACUCGACUGGGUGACAACUGACGGGUUGACUUUCAACUUUUAACUCAUUUGAAUCAAUAUUUAGAAGUUGUUUGUAUGCCCUUCAAGAAGCCAUGUCACUUUUCUGGAGAAGCCCAAUUAACCAGUAGUUAAUGAGAUAAGACCAUUAGCAGCAAUGAGAUCGAGGAGAGAGUCUCCAAGAAUUAUCAGUGUUGCCUGUCGUGCACUGGUCGUGGGGUGGUGGUCGGCAAAGACCACAGGACGCUCGCAAUUUAUCAAGGAAGGUAUCCCAUCUCCUGUAGAGAGCCAUUUUUUCAAAAUUUUCAAUUGUAAAAGGAGACCCUCACUCGUCUCCCUGAACAUCGAAGUGAGAUGCAGGUCAGAGUCCAACACAGUCUUCAUGUGCUACAAAUCUCUACUACCACAAGCAUGUCUCCUUCGCUCGGCCACACACGAUCUCUCCCUGAACAGCGAAGUGAUGCUCCCACUCGAUGGGUCACUCACCACCAAGCAAAAGCUCUCUUCUACAGAAGCCCGACCCAACAGCGCGAUCCCACUCCAAAAAGAACAGAAAACAACAGCUACCAGAUGGCAACUUGAUUGCCCUACCACGCCAGCUAUGGCUGUCUUCUUCACCGCACAGCGCACUGAAGUGUUUCAGGCAGCAGCACCACACAGAAUGAACCCUCCAAAAACGAGUUUGUUUUCCUGGGAGCACUUCCCCCGUUGCCCUUGGAAGCCUCUGGAUACUUGCUGGAGGCACACUUACUGCACGAACGGUACUAAGAAUUGACUUCACAUACACAUAAGAGCAGGUCUCAGGUUAAAGGCUCUACAAGCACAGUCAACGCUUACAGGGUAUAGCAACAGGUAAGGGCACAGAUCAGAUCUACUGUAUCUCCGGUCCUCUUGAGGACAGUCUUGAAACCAAUUGUAAUGAACCCAAUCUGGAAAA